AUUUUAAAAACUACUUUGCAUCAUUCAUAUUAUCAGUUUCUUAUAAAUCACUUUUGUUUAUAAUAUUUACUAAAUCCGUGUGAUGCAAUUUUAAAUCAGAAUGUACUUCAUUAAACCAAACAUACCGACAAUUUUAGCAAAGAAUAUUAAAAUUUUAAUUUUCUUAUUUUAUGAUUGGACAAAGAAGAGAAAAUCGUGGACAUUGCUGUACUAAGAAGAUUAACGUCGAUGAUAAGAGAAAAGAGAUCAUGGAUAUUACAGAACAAAGCAGUGAAAUUUUACAACAAUUUCGAGUAUAUGCAACUAAAUUAGAUGACAAACAUGAUCGUUUUGAAAGAAUUGUAAAAUUUGGCAGAGAUAUUACUAUAGAAAGUAAAAGAAUAAUUUUUCUUUUGCACACCAUAGAUAAAAAAAGCAAAGAGGAAAGUGUGCUACGUGAAGCUGAUAUGAGAUUGCAAAAAGUUGCAAGAACCCUUUUUAAAUCUAUUGCGCAUGAAUUAGAAGAUCAAGAUCCAUAUCUCUAUCUUAAAGCUUAUCGUAACGGUUUGGAAGAAUAUGUAGAAGCUGUUACAUUUUAUCAGUAUCUAAAAUGUGAUAAUAUGAAAAGUUGGUUAGAAAUAGAAAAAACACUUACUUAUAAUAAUCCUGAGAUUAGUAAUGUUAAAACCAUACAGGUUUUAGUCAAUCCGUAUGAAUAUAUCUUGGGCAUUGCAGAUCUGACUGGAGAACUAAUGCGUCUGUGCAUCAAUAACUUGACAGCAGGAGACAGAACUAGUUGUUACCAAACACGCAAUUUUGUUAGAGAUAUGUAUACAUGUUUUCUUGGUUGUACAAAUACUUCAAAUAGGUUAAUGAAUAGAAAGCUUUGCACACUUGAACAAAACCUCCACAAAAUAGAAAAUGUUUGCUAUACGAUUAAAGUAAGAGGUUCAGAAAUACCAAAACACAUACUUGUGGAUCUAAUUAAUGAAGAAUAUGCAGACAGUGAUGAAAAUUAUGCCUAUUAAAAAACUUAUAAACUUCAAAGAAAAACAUAAAUAAUAACUUUGAAGAUAACCAUAAAUAUUCCAUAAUUAUUUUUAAAUAGUUUAUUCAAUAUUGUUUUUAUACAUUUAUAAUAAAUGUGACAAUGUUUGUAUCAUUUUACUUAGUUAUCGACUUUAAUAUUGUAAAAAUAUUUAUAAAAUAUAUCAUUUCCAUACUCUCAUUUUUCUUAUAUUAAUGUAUAUUUUUAUAUAGAUAUAAAGAUUUUAUAUCUAUAAUCUUGGUCAGCUAUAUCAUUUCUCAGCUCACUUUCAAUUUUUGUCAGAGUACAUUUCAUCAUCAUCUGAACUUUCAUCAUUGCUAGAAGGCUCAUACUCAGAUUCAUCAACAGAUUCCUCAGCAGACUCCUCUACGGAUGAAUCCUCCAUUCCACUUAUAGUAUCCAAAGAUUUUUGUAUCUGUGUUUGUUUAGAAUUCUGCUUCUUACGCUUAUUAUUUGCAAUAUUUGUACCAAUAUGUUUGAACUUCAUUUUAUGCUGAGGGUUUUUACGAUAGCAUCGAGUGCCAUAGGGACAUUCUUCUCUAUUAUCAGGUAUAUCAUAAUCAGAAUCUUCAGGAUGGCAAAAUUUAUCUCUAUGCUGUGAAUUUUUCCUGCCAAAGGAUUUUUUCAUGAAACUCUAUAAUAAGAAAAAAAGAAACAUAUAAAAUUACCUAUAACAUUCCUCUCCAUAUCUGCAUUUAUCUCUUCUGAAAACAUUUCCUGUUGCAUUAGCAGAUAUUUUUGAUCUAUGUACAUUUUUUGAAACAGGGGAUUGUAUAUCUUCUACCACCACUUUUUCAUGGUCUUCGCUUAUAGAGGGUAAAUCUAAAUUUUUUUUAAGGCUUAAAGUCUUUUCAUUUACAUAAGAUUCACUAUUCUCUUUAUUCAUAUUUUGAACUUCAUAAGCAGAUCUCUCAAUUGCAGAUGACUGAUCUAUGUUGUGAUAAUCACAUAUUAAUGUAGAAUUUGCAUCUUGUGCUUUAUUUUCAUUGUUAUUAUAUGUUAUAUUAUCUUCAUUUGUAACACUUUCUUCAACAUUUACUUUAUUUACAUUGUGAUCAUUAUUUAAUAUUUUAUGCAAUGCAUUGCAUGAAGAACGUGAAUUAUCUCCUUCUCCUGAACAGAGUCUUUUAUCACGUACACUAUUAGAAUCUAAAUCUUCAUUAACCUAUAAUGGGAUUAUUAAGAAAUGUUAGAAAAUUAAUUUCUCUAUCAUUUAAGACAUUAAUUUAAUACUUUUCGUUUCAACGUAUAGUCCUCAUUAUUUUCCAUUUUAUCAGGUACUGAUAUAAUUUUAAACCAACAUUUAUCCGGUACCAGAGUACAAACAUCUCCAGGUUUUACCGGUACUGCAACACCCAAUUUAAGAAGUUGCCAUCGCGACGAUUCGAUAGACUUCAUAUAACAUGGAGCAACCUGAUACUAGAAAAUAAUUCCUAUAGGACACUAAUAAAUGGUGCAUUCGAUGUAUCUACAUCAUUAUAAAUAAUCACGAAUUCCUUCUUACCGGUGUUAUUGUCAUUUCAUUGUCAGAUGUUAAAUUUAUUAUUGCGGCAUAUUUUAUAAUUCGAUCAUCAUCACACUGAAAUACAAAUUAUGCACACUAAAUUUUCACAAUUCACAGUAGUUUUAGAUUGAAAAGAUGCAAACGUUUUUAAAUGUGGAGGGAAUAUAUGAAAAAAAGCUUUCCCGUAAUGAAACAUACUCAUCACACAUACAUAAGAAUGUGUACAUAUAUAUGAUAUAAGUACAUAAUACAUCUACAAUUUUAAAAUAGAUAAUCGACAAUUCAGAAAUAAUUCAAGAUUAUUUUGUUAUAUUUUUCCUUUGCGUAAUUAAUAUACUUACUCCAGUUUCAACAUUUCGGCCAAUGAUGUUAUUACCUAUUUGUAAGUCCAUUUUUUGCACCACGUCGUUAUCUACUCGAAGUAUUUGUAAUUUUUUCAUUUCUUCUAUUUAUUAUAUUUACAGAAAGUUUUCUGAGUAUAUUAUGUAUAAAAUUUUUCAUAUUGUAAAAUCAGUUACAAAAUAAAAUUUUGUUGCACUAGUAAAGACACGUUAUACAAAUGUUAAAAAAAGAAAUGAAAACAGAAAAGAACAAAUCGAACAUAAUCGUAGUCGGCUAAGCAGGUGGCGUCAUAAAAAAAAUUGAUUGCCUGUAAACUUUUUACGAAUCGUGUAAAAAAACAAAACUUAACUAGCUACGGUUUUGGAAAUAAUAAUAUUCAUAUGUAUCGGGUAAAUAUGUUAGAAAGAAAAGUACACGACGGUAAUAACAAUUAAAUUUUUUUCAUUUAUAAUUACAAAGAAUGUACACUUUUAUAAAUAAAUGAAGUAAAAUGCGAAAAGAAUUAAAAAUUUAAUACGAUUUAAUCGUAAAAUUUAAUCGUAAAACUGCGUUGAAAAAUGUUUCAUAGAAAAGUCAACAAAUAGGAAAAGAUCGGACAUUUUUAUGUGCAUCUGUACGGAUGUAAUCAGCCAGACUAGUUAACCAGUUCGCAAUAAAAUAUUCCUUUGUAUCGUUGUAUCAAUUAUUAUAUUAAUAAUAAUAUUAUGCAAAUUGCAACUACAGAUUUCUUCGAUAUAAAGGAAUCUUAUUCGCUUCAUGAAACGAAAAAUAUUUUUGAAUAAUAGUAACUAAUACAUGAAAAAUAAAACUUUAAAAUAGAGCAAUUCAAGAAAUAUAUUUAUGGUCGUCGAAUAAAAUAAUUUUAUAAGUUAACUAAUAAAUUCGAUACUGCGAUUUCUGGUCAGUACUAAUCAAAUAAAACAUAUUAUUUAUUGGACUCGUUAUUUAGUUUACAAUGUAGGAACAUUAUAAAUCUCCGAUUCGGUAAAUCAAAUAUAGUUUAAUAUUUAACAGGCCAGCCUUCGUUAGUUUUCGGCUUAAUAACGCAUACCGAUAUGAAGAAAUGUUCGAUCAACAGUUUGAAAAUUAAUCAUUCGCCUUAACACACGAUAUUAGCAUAAUUCUUACUUUCGUUACUUACAAUUAGGUAAUUAGUCAAUGUCAGCAUACGCAUGUAUCACAGUACACCUCGAAGAGCUUAAAUGAAAAAGAGCAAUGUUACAUAGAUAUUUAUUGUUUAUCAAAAAGUAGACGGUAUCAAGCGUUAUGUAACUUUCAAAUUUCAAGUAAUACAACAAAAACUUGUCGAUUCUUGCCUGGAAUACCGACAAUUAUCACGAAAGCUGCGAUGCUGUUAUUAUUGCAAUAAUACUUUUAUGUUUAUUAAUUUAACAUAAAAAUAUAGUUGUUAUUGUUUUCUUUUGCACAUGAUAUUAAAACAUACCUUUCAAAACAGAAUUACCUCUGUCUGUCCAUUAUUUUUAUC